AUGAAAAGAAUACUGACGGCAACGAUAUUGCUCGGUCGAAGGAGUAAAAAAGAUUCCGCCGUUCAUUCAUUGUCGACGAAAGGUCAAUUGGAGUACAACGAUAACGAAACGGAAUACUACGAGAAAGAAGGUUUCGAAAAGAAUAUCGAACGCACGAGCAUGAAAUUGGAAGAGGAAAUUCAAAAGUCUAAAAUGAAAAAGGAAAUGCAAACGAAAUCGUGUUGCAGGCAAAGAUUCAAUGAAAAAAUGGACGCGGAAAACAUACCGAAUAAAAACGAAUUGUCGAUAUACCUGACGAAAAACACGGUCAAAAUCAAAAUGAAAGAUGCGACGGACGAGGAAACAUCGUGUCAAAAUGAACAUCAUCAACAGCAGCAGCAGCAGCUGGGACAGCAGCAGCAACAGCAGCCAUCAUCCGCCGCGACGGAAAUAAUAUUAAAACCGAGAAAGCGAAAAGAAAGGUUGGACAGCGAGGGUUCCAUCAAGCAGGAAAACAAAGUGAUUAGAUCAAAUUCGGAAGAAAGAUCGGAGAUGAUAGAUGACCGUGAUGAUGGUCAUGAUGGGGGGGAAAAAGGAAAAAAGGAUUCGAAUAUGAGAAGAGUGAGCAGUCACGAGGAUUUUUCAAGAGUUCGAGUCCUACAGGAAAUCAACGGGAUUCAAUCUCCUCCCGUUCAUCCUCCGUCAUCGAAAAACAACAAGAAGGAAAAAGAAAAAAUUAAUUACGAUUACAACGAGUCGAACGUUAAUUACAAGAGAAACGUUUUCCGCGUCGACGACAUGUUUCACAACGCGGAAGAAUUGGAACACGAGAAAAUAAGGAGCUGCGAAAGGUUUUCGAGAGCGGUCGUUCCCACGCGGGCACGAAGAAACAUGACGAGGAAAAGGAUAAAAGGUUCGAAGAAAAAAAUGGAAAUGGGAGAUUCGAUACCUACUCCCGGACCCCCAUCGUUUAAAGGCUCCACACUAAAAGAAAAGGCAUCGACUUCGUCGUCGUCGUCCUCGUCGUCCUCGUCAUCAUCGCCGGACGUCGUGGGUUCGAAAUCAUUUUCCGAAAGAGAUUCAUCUCCGUCUCCGGAAGAAUCCUCUUCACCCCCCGCUUUGGACAUUUCAACGUUGCACAAGCAAAUGGAAGGAAGCGAACCCAUAACGAGCCGUGCAAAAGUUUUAUCACCCGAGGACGAACCUGAAAGUCCUUCCAUCGAAGUUUUAAUAUCGCCAAGAAAUUCUUUGGUCAUGAGAUUGAUGGACACUGAUCCGAGCGUGCCGCCCUCACCUCCCAGAGAGCACAACGCGAGACACGGAAAGGGUGGAAAUUACGAUACGCAAGAAAGGAAAUUGACGAAACAAAUAAGCAGCAUAAAAAGACAUUUGAAAAGAUACGAAGAAGGUUUUCAAGAAGAAUUCGGGUACAGGCCUUCUCAAGCGGAUAAAAUGGCAAACAAAGACAUAAAAAAAAUGUGUUCGGAUCUGAACAAAUUAAGAGCACAAUUAAAGCAAUAUCGAGAAGAAUCGAUGGAGGAAAAAUCGUCGACGCCGAAACAACAACAGCAAUUAAGUUUUUUAACAUCUCUGGAAAAUUUUUCAACUUCAUCUUCUUCGUCAACUUGUUUGCAACAAAAUGGAACGUUGUCGUCAUCAUCGUCGUCAUCGUCGACGUCGAUGACGUCGAGCCACAAACAUUCAAAAACUAACAAAACAAUGAUGGAAGUCCUACAGGAAGUUGAAAAAAGAUUGCAAGAAAAACGACAGCAAGCCGGAAGAUCAAGCGAAAUAACGGAAAUGAACAGGGGAGAUUUGCUGGAGGAAAAAUUGGCGGUGCAAAAAGCUUUGUUGCAUUUGGAAAACGUUUUCGGACGUCCGGUAACGAAAGAGGACAGAGAUUUGGUGCGUCCCCUAUAUCAGAGAUACAGGUCCCUCAAAAGAUUGGUCAUACGAAAUUCGGGAGUCAAAUUAAACAACAGCACGGGAGAAUUGGCGACGAUACUUGAACACGAAGCGAUGGAAUUUACAAAUUCACCUUCGUCGACUUCCGCGGAUUUGGGUGAGGGAACACUUUCGGCUCCUGAGGGUUUGAACGUGUCAUUAGCCAUGGAGGAAUCGUUUUUAAAACCUCAAGAACAACAGCAAGAAGAAGAAGAAGAACAAAAGUUGGAGGAAAGUCGUAACAGUUCAUCGAGUUCGGAUUCUUUGGUCGAAAAUCUUCACGCGCUUCCACUGUCUCAAUUGCUCGAACAACAGAAACGUGCGAGAGAAGAGAAGAAAAAAUUGAGGAGGAGUUUAAAAGAAUUUGAAGAAUCAUUUCAAUCCGUGGCGGGUCGUCGAGUUCAAAAACAAGACAAAAUAAUCGUGGAUGGAAUAUACGCGAAUUAUAAACAAAUAAAAGCCAAAUUGAGGCUUUUGGAUGCGUUGGUAGCGAAAAAAAGUUGCGUCAAAAGAAAUUCUUGUUAA